AUGAGAGGGACCUUGUUGGCUAACCGUCGCGGGGUACAGAGAUUCCGGCAACUCGCGAUCACAGCCGCUAAAUCCUCGAAGAUCAAGCUUCUUCUCUUUUGUUGCAUCGCUUUUACGCUACUCGUCGUUGCUACCCGAGCGUCCGAUUAUAUGGGAUGGACUAAUCACAGCGAUUCUCUUGAUCAGUUCCCUCUUCCAGGGAAAGGAUAUGCUAUUGUAAUGAAUACAUGGAGGAGAUAUGAUCUGUUGAAGCAAUCCAUUUCUCAUUAUUCAUCAUGUGCAGGGCUCAAAUCUAUACAUAUUGUGUGGAGUGAGCCCAAUCCUCCUUCAGAUUCUCUUUCUAAAUUUCUAAACCAUGUCAUAGAGUUGAAAACUAAAGGACUGAAGAAAAUUGAAUUGAGUUUUGAUAUCAACGAGAAAGACAGUUUGAACAAUAGAUUCAAAGAAAUACCUGGAUUGAAGACAGAUGCUGUUUUUUCAAUCGAUGAUGAUGUUAUAUUUCCUUGCUCCUCAGUGGAGUUUGCUUUCAAGGUUUGGCAAAGUGCCCCAGAUGCAAUGGUGGGGUUUGUUCCUCGUGCCCAUUGGGUUGAUAAAUCGCAGGGAAAAACGGAUUACUAUAAAUAUGGUGGAUGGUGGUCUGUUUGGUGGACAGGCACAUAUAGUAUGGUACUCUCAAAGGCAGCUUUUUUCCACAAGAAGUAUCUUAGGCUGUACUCAAAUGAGAUGCCAGCGUCAAUCAAAGAAUUUGUGACUAAGAAUAGAAAUUGUGAAGAUAUUGCGAUGUCAUUUCUUGUUGCAAAUGCAACUGUUGCUCCCCCUAUUUGGGUGAAAGGUAAGAUAUUUGAGAUUGGUUCGACUGGAAUUAGUACCAUGGGAGGGCACAGUGAAAAAAGAACGAGAUGCGUCAAUAGAUUUGUUGCUGAGUUUGGGCGAAUGCCCCUGGUACCCACCACUGUUAAGGCUGUUGACAGCCGCAAUGCCUGGUUUUGGUGA